GAACAUGCUCCAAGCGACACGUGGCACAUCUCCUUACAAAAUGAAUCUAUCAUAGUGGCUGUUUUCAGAGGCUUUCCCAAACACAGUGUGAUCUGGAACAAACUGUGAAGCCCACGAGCCUGGUGAAGCUUUCAUUAUUGAGCACCUGCUGUAUAUACCUCCUUGAGCUGAGGAGAAGGAUCAAGAGCUCAUGGCCAAGAGGGGACGAGGCCCACCCACAAACACUGUUGAUGUGCGGCCCUGAGCUGCGGCAGGGAUGUGGCAACGCAGAAAGGAAACAGGUGGCACAGAAUGUGGUCCUGUACACAGGCGACUCCAACCUGGGGCUGAGCCAUUUGUGGCAGCUGGAGACAUCUUCAACGAGGCCUGGGAGCGGAAGAAAGCCGUGUCCUUCUACCGGGACCCGACCCUGCCCCUAGCAGUGACUACGGGCAACCGCAAGGCGGAGCCACAGCUGCAGCUGUGUAACAAGCUGGUGGCACUGCUGGCCAGGCUGGAGGAGCCCCAGGAGGGCUUGGAGGUUGCCCACAUGGCCCUAGCACUCAGCAUCACUCUGGGGGACCGGCUGAAUGAGCACGUGGCCUUCCACCGGCUGGCCGCCCUGCACCACCUGCUGGGCCAUGGCAAGCUGGCGGAGCACUUCUAUAUCAAGGCCCUGUAGCUCUGCAACUCGCUGCUGGAGUUUGACGAGGAGACCCUCUACUACGUGAAGGUGUACAUGGUGCUCGGUGACAUCAUCUUCUACGACCUGAAGGUGGGUGGG